AUGACUAACUGUUACAUGAAGCACUACUGCCAUGGAACAACGCAUGAGGUGAAACGUCGCUUUGAUGCCGACUUUCACAAGUUUGUGAAUCAGCUUACAAAUAAAUCUAUAUUUAACGCAAUAAUCAUGGGUGUGAUCAUGAUCAACGCUUUGGUAAUUGGCUUGGAAACGAUGGACUCUUUAAAGAGUUCAAACGGACAUAUAUUCCAGAUUGUGGAUGAACUAUUUUUGUCCAUUUAUACGGUGGAGUUCUUUCUGAAAGUAUACGCAGAACCAAAAGGAUACUGGAAAAGCAGCUACAACCGAUUUGAUUUCCUUAUUCUCUUCAUAUCUUAUAUACAAGCACUUCUUGAUUUGAUAAAUGUUGGUGAUAGUGUUCUCAAACCAUUGAGACUUCUCCGAGCUGCAAGAACUCUAAGAACAAUAUCAUUCAUCGAAGGCUUACAAGUCUUGGUAAUUGCGCUAAUUGAAACUCUGCGCCAUUCAGUCCUGAAUGUCGUUGUACUUCUUUCAAUGUCUAUGGGUUUCUUUGCUGUUGUUGGAUACUACAUGUUUGGUCAUGAUGAAGAAACAGGAACAGAAAAUGAACACUGGUCAAAUUUGAGCGCCGCAAUGCUUACACUCUUUACAUAUGUUACGGUUGACGGUUGGACCGAUAUACAAGAGAAUUUAGAAACACGUCCAUACAGCCAAUGGUUCACCAUUUCGUUCAUUUUCCUUGGACAUUUUAUUUUUACAAACCUUUUCAUUGGAAUUAUAAUAAUGAAUAUACAUGAGGCAACCGAAACGUUCAGAUUGCAACAGGUUAUGGAGAAAGAAGCCACAUUACAGCUCAAAAAAGAUUUCCUAUUUCAACGCCAACACAAUGAUGUCAAGGAAAUGCUUGAGAAGCAGAAAUCAAGUCAGUUUCUUGACUUUAAAGACAUGUGUCGUGCGUUCCAAGAAACCUUGCGUCACGAUGAUCAAGUUAUCAUGACGGACACAAGCACGAAUCUUGUAUGGAUGGAAACAUUUAUCACUACCCUUGAUCAUCUCGAUCUAUAUACUUACAGAUGUCAACAGUUGCAUUUCCAGUUGUCUAAUUGUUUGGUUAAUAUGCGAGAAAUGCAGAAGAGCGAAGAGGCGCGAAUAUAG